UUGAGGGUACUGAAUUUAAAAUCAAACAUAUGUUGCAAAAUGAAUGCUUCAAAAUUAUAAUUUGCGCAAACGUAACCGGGAUUGUUUUCGCAUUCAGGUUGUUCACGAAUGUCGUCCAGAGCGUGUUUUGUUUUUAGAUUUUUUUAUUUACCGACCGCAGCUUCUGCGCUCUGACGUGACGCGACUUUUACAAGGGAUCCUGGGAAGCUCCUACGCGUGGCCCAUCUGAGCUCGGUGUGGACCGGGAACCGCUUUCACCAGCUAACUCCACAGGUCUUGAAGUGCGAAAGUUAACCAGCUGAAUAACUCUGCCUCUUCUCUGGGUAACCGGCAAGUCUGUUGGUGUCAUGCCUGGCAAAAAGACUCCCAGUAAGAGGAAGCCAGAGAGAAACUUGGAGGAUGAGAAAGAAUCUAAGAAAGUGAAAGUGUUCCACCGCAGUCAUGGGAAAGAGACCGGGCAGGUUUUGGUGCUAGGCCAGGGCGAUGUUGGACAGCUUGGUUUGGGAGAGGACAUCAUGGAGAGGAAAAAGCCGGCCUUGGUAACCUUACCGGAAGGAAUUGUACAAGUCGCAGCUGGUGGCAUGCACACUGUCUGCCUCACCGACAGUGGCAGUAUCUACACAUUUGGUUGUAAUGAUGAGGGUGCCCUUGGUCGAGAGACGACAGAAGAGGGGACUGAGAUGGUUCCAGGGAAGGUGAUUUUGGAGGAGAAGGCUGUUCAUGUGUCUGCUGGGGACAGCCACACAGCAGCACUCACAGAAAAUGGAACGGUGUUCCUCUGGGGUUCCUACAGAGAUAACAAUGGUGUUAUUGGUCUUUUGGAACCCAUGAAAAAGUGCACCCGUCCAGUCAAAGUCCCCAUAAAAGAACGUGUUAUAAAAAUUGCAUCAGGUAACGACCACAUUGUAAUGCUGACACUGGGAGGGGAUCUCUAUACAUCAGGCAGUGGAGAGCAGGGGCAGCUAGGAAGGGUGCCUGAGUGGUUUACUGACAGAGGAGGGAGAAAAGGCCUUUCCCGGUUGCUAAUACCACAGGUGGUAAAAGUGAAGGGCAAAGUUCACUUCACAGAUGUCUUCUGUGGGUCCCACUUUACUUUUGCUGUGUCCAAAGAGGGCUAUGUGUAUGGGUUCGGUCUGUCCAACUACUACCAGCUUGGGACUGAUAGCAUCAAGACGUGUUUUACCCCUGUGAAACUGAGUUGCUUCAAGAACUCGACCACCUCCUGGGUGGGCUUCUCAGGAGGACAGCACCACACACUCUGCCUUGAUGCUGAAGGACAAGUCUACAGCCUUGGCAGGGCAGAGUAUGGCCGUUUGGGCCUAGGCCAAGGCGCUGAGGAGAAGAGCAAGCCCACACUUGUUGCUGGGUUGGAGCUGGCUAAUGGAGUGAAUUGUGGUGCGUCUGUUAGCUAUGCUGUUACUAGAGAAGGGUCUCUGUAUGCCUGGGGAAUGGGCACCAACCUCCAACUUGGCACAGGGGAGGAAGAUGAUGAGUGGACUCCUGUUAAAAUGACGGGCAAGCAGCUCGAGAACCGCACAGUACUAAUGGUAUCCAGUGGAGGUCAACAUACAGUCCUCUUGGUCAAAGACAAACAAGAGAGCUGAUAUCCUCCUCAUGGUCAGGGGUUGAUGCGUAAUGUGUUGGACUGUUGCCAUCGAGGGUUCUUUGUGAAGAUACCUUUAUCUGUGGGGAGAGGCUUAGCCUUAAUAUUACUUUCUGUGCUGAGCCAGGCAAGCCUUAAAGGUGCAAGGCAGUGGAGGAAAAGGGGAGAUUAGGCCCCAUUUUAGAAGAGCUCUCUACUCAGAAUGGGGGGGGGGGGAAUGUCCUCAGAUGUUUUCUGUAGCUCAUUACUUAAAAAGAGAGACUUAUUUUUUUAAAUCAAGCUGUAUGUGGAUGUUUUUUUUUAAAGUAUGAGGGUGUGUGUGCAUAAGGGAAAUAAUGGGCAAGCCUUUGUGUGAAAUUCUGUGCCACUACCUUUGCAAAGGUUUCCAUUUGCUUUGAAGAAAUAAAAGUCCAUCUCUACGUUGUUUAAAAUGAUUUAACUCAAGGACCCUUUUUUUUUUUGUCUGAAUUUGUAUUUAGCUUUAGCAUAAAAAAACUGGUACUGUUUGGACAUUAAAGCACCAUUUCAUACAGUAACACGCUGUUUUUGUUUGCCCUAUCUGAAUAAAGAUAAAAUUUUAAUUAUUUGAACUAUCUUGUUACUUAAUGCUUUGCAGUAUCCCCAAUCCAGUUAACAGUAUGCAGUACUCACAGUAUUCCACGGAUAGCAUGCCUGCCGGGGGGGAAACCCACCCAAAAGCAAAAUUCACUUGAUUGCACUAAUCUAUGAGAGUUUGUUGAAGGUAAAUUUUGCUGACAGAUAAAAUUAACAAUAAAUGCCAAGACUGUAGAUUCAGUUAA